UGCAGGAUAGAACGUCGUCCUAUGGUGGAAGUUGAUUCUGCUGGAUGCCCACGCAUACUCGUCAUCUCCAACCAACUCUCUAAACUGAAUGAACUCUCGGUCGUCUUCCUUCCCCAAAACAAAACUUGGCACGGUUAAAACUAACUCUCCGUAAAAUAAUUUACUGAUUAUUUGGAACAGUGGGUUUUAAAUACUGUAAUAAUUUUAUAACUGUUACAUUGUUUAAGUAAUAACAGAGCUAUACAUAUAUGUAUUCAUUCAGUGCGCAAACGACAAUUUUUUCGUAAGAUGUAUUGAACAAGGAGGUGAUCAACAACACAUUCACUUUAUAAACAAGUAAAUGUCCCUUUAACGAGUCAUUCUGAAUGUAACCAAUUGUGGCAGUGUAGUGUUAAGCAAGUUUGCGACUCUGCUGCGUUCAAUACCCACGCAGCUAAAAGCAGUAGUUAAAUAUACGGCCUGAAUUGUGUUACCGGCUGGGAUUUUAAAUUGUUUUUGUUGGGGAACGGGUGUGCCCACCCCACUCAAAUAUUUGGAUCUCUGUAGGCUAAGUGAAAAUUUUAGAAAAAUCAUGUUUCGACGACUCGGAAAUAGACAGGUCAUUGUAGUUUCCAUGCUACUCGUCGCAGGGGUCAUAGGCUCUGCUUUCGGUCAAACCAAUAGCUCGUCUUGUACAGCAAAGAAAUCUUGUGGGGAGUGCAUUCGGAGUCCGGAUUGUGUGUGGUGUUCUCAGCCUAGAUAUGAACGCUCUGCAAGGAAUCCUUAUCCUCGAUGCAACACUGCAACGAAGCACUUGGCCUAUCCAAGCGAAACUCGGUGUCGAGAUGACUUUUUGAUCAAUCCGAGCCAUGAAUUUGAACUCAGAAAAGACGAGGAAAUAACAAAAGGAAGCGAGCACCGUGAAGCUAUUCAAAUUAGACCUCAAAAUGUUUACUUGAAAUUAAGAGUUGGCCAAUCAUUUGAUUUGAAUAUGCAAUACGCACAGGCUGAGGACUAUCCGGUUGACUUGUAUUACUUAAUGGACUUGUCGAAAAGCAUGGAAGAUGACAAGGAAGAGCUUUCGAAUCUAGGAAAUCUGCUGUCAGAAACAAUGCAAAACCUUACCUCGAACUUUCGCCUGGGGUUUGGAUCCUUCGUCGACAAAGUGGUGAUGCCAUUCGUGUCUACUGUUGAAAAAAAGAUUUCAGAGCCUUGCAGCGGGUGCGUAGCGCCUUACGGUUUUGUCAGCCAUCUUCACCUCACUACCAACACAAGCAGAUUUUCUGGUGAGGUCAAAUCCGCACGGGUAUCUGGCAAUUUAGACGCUCCAGAGGGUGGUUUCGACGCUAUCAUGCAAGCAAUUGUAUGCGAUCAGAUAGGGUGGAGACAACAAGCGCGUCGGUUAAUUGUAUUUUCAACUGACGCAUCCUUCCAUUAUGCUGGAGAUGGUUUGCUCGGAGGAAUUGUGAAACCUAAUGAUGGUAAAUGUCAUUUGGACUCUCGUGGGGAAUACACAUACUCAACCAUACAAGACUACCCUUCCGUGGCACACAUUAACUCUAAAGUUAAAGAAAAGUCAAUAAAUAUGAUCUUUGCCGUCACAGCCGAGCAAAUUGAUAUCUAUGAAAGACUGAGUCAGCAAGUUGAGGGAUCAAGUUGUGGAGUUUUGGCUGCAGAUUCCAAGAACGUUGUGGAAUUAGUGAAAUCACAGUAUCAGAAAAUAACGUCUUCAGUGGAGCUGAAAGAUACAGCGUCUGCAUUCAUUAAGGUCUCAUAUUUUUCUAAUUGUGUGGACCCUCCCACGUGGGUUGAGACAAACAAAUGUAGCGGCCUUAGAGUCGGAGAUGUUGUAAACUUCAAAGUAAAAAUCGAAGUAACGGAAUGUCCUAAAGAUCCAAUAGAUUGGAGACAAAAGUUUACCAUUUACCGAGUUGGCCUUGAGGAAAGCUUAACUGUGGACUUGGAGAGUAUCUGCGAUUGUCCUUGUGAAACUCCCGGAAAUCCUGGCUAUGAAGAGUUUUCUCCAGAAUGUGGGGGAUUUGGAACUCUAACUUGUGGUGUUUGUGAGUGUGAUGAAAAGCACUUUGGGAGAAAGUGUGAGUGCGAUGUGGAAGGAGGUGGCGGAACCCGAGUGGAAGAUGACAGUGGCUGCAGAGCUGAUAACACAACGGAUAUUAUUUGCACUGGGCGUGGGACUUGCAAUUGUGGACAAUGCGAAUGCUUCCAACGUGAAAAUCCACUAGAGAAAAUUGAUGGCCAGUAUUGUGAGUGUGACAACUUCAACUGUCCAAGAGAGAGCGAAUUAAUCUGCUCUGGGCCUGGUCAUGGACGUUGUGAUUGUGGUAAAUGUAUUUGCAAUCCUGGCUGGUCUGGCGACGCAUGUCAGUGUUCCCUGCUGCAGGAUACUUGUGUGGAGCCUGGAGAUACGAUUCCUUGCAACGGUCACGGCAAUUGCGUUUGCGGAAAAUGUUCAUGCAAUACUACCGUAGCAAGAUACUAUGGACGUUGGUGUGAAAAAUGCCCAACAUGCCCUGGAAGGUGCGAAGAGCUGAAAGAUUGUGUUCAGUGUCGCGUGCAUGGUACUGGAGAGUUCAAUCAACCAGAAAUUUGCGAAAACGAGUGUGUAAAUUUCCCUGAGCCUGAGAAGGUGGAUGUGGCUAGUAGCGAUGAAGAAAGUGAAGAGAAAUAUUGUGCCUUCACAGAUCAUUCUGAUGGAUGUAGAUUUUAUUUUGUGUAUGGCUACGAUGUCCUUGGAAAACUUUAUAUUCGAGCUCAACGAACCAAAGAUUGUCCUCCGGAGCCUCCGAUUUUUUGGAUCAUAUCUGGAGUGGUUGGAGCUAUUGUGCUGGUUGGGUUACUUUUCAUCUUAUUAUGGAAACUCUUGACUCACAUUCAUGAUCGAGCAGAAUAUGCUCGGUUUGAAAAGGAAAGAAUGAGUGCAAAAUGGGAUGCUGGAGAAAAUCCUAUCUACAAACAAGCAACAUCGACUUUCAAAAAUCCGAUGUACUCGGGAAGAUAAUUUGAUUGAUUUACAGUUUUAAAUUGACGGUUUUUUAAUUAAGAAAUAGUCCUUGUUCCAGUCAUCUUUUGAACAAAAAAUUGAGAAAACCAGUUACCCAUAACCCUUCAUUUCCUUCAACCAUCCAAAUUUUUUCUCAAAGUUGCCAUAAUAUGGGUACUGUAUGUAUACCACUGUGUCUAAUCUAGUUGCUGUCCAUAUUUUAGUAGGUAAUUUUGCACACGAUAAUGAAAUCAUAACAAGUUGCUAGUAAGUAUAACGAUUGCCCUACAUUCAAUAUUGGUAAAAAAUGCUAAUGUGCCAUCCAUUUAGAAUUCAGAUGCCUUCCACACAAAUGUUCCAAGAAAAUCAGAACUAUGUAAUACGAGUACUUUCACAAUUGUAACACUUGAAACUAUAACGUCCGUCAUGAUACUAUGUAUUUAUUUAAUUAUUAACCGUCAGUAUUUUAAUGUUCGCAAAACUUUGUUUUGUGAAUAAACAGACUUAGAUUUUUAUAGGUAAUAAUUGACACUGCCAUUUGGAUAUCUUGUGUAACGGUUAGUUAGCUUAACAACGUCUGUAAAUUGAACGUGUGUAUUUAUUAAACUGAGAUUUUACCGAGAUUAUACACUGGAUGUACAUAUUAGCAAAAUUGUUUUAAAUGAGUAUUAAUAUUGUUAUUAAUUUUGACGUACAUACUUAUAUACUUACUUGUUGAAACCAAACAAUGUUCAUCCCCCCACGUUAUUUACGGUACAUACUUUGAGAAACUGUUCAAUAUGCAUAAUAUUGAUGUUCCCGAUGCUUAACUUAUUAAUAUGUAUAUGUCGUGCAAUUCUUGUACUAGUUUGUUUUUGAAAUAAAAAAUUAAACACAUGCUGAAAUAA